GAUUUAUUCCAUGUUACACAAUUGACGUUCCUAAUGUCCAAUUGUCACUUUUUUUGUGAAUGAAAUCAACAAUGGCUGAAAGAAAGUACACAAAGAUUUAUUUUCGAAUUUUUCCGAUGGAGAAGAUGCUCUGGGACUAUUUAAAAAUUCUCGAUGAUCACAGGACGAUCUAUAUUCGGUGCUUGCAGCAGCUGGCCAAGUCAAAAGAGCACAUGAUGCCCACGUUUUGGACGUUCCGUACUGAUAGUGUUUUUUUCCAAAACACCCAGAAACAGAUCUAUGAUGGGGUCAUGCCUGAGGUUUUAGAUAAUGUCUCGCAGGGGCACGAUGCCGUCGUUAUGGCGUACGGACAAACCGGAUCUGGGAAAUCUUUAACGAUUAGCGACUUGCAUAAUCGUUAUGAGGAUAGAGGUAUUCUGCCAAGAGUAGCGUCAGAUUUACUACACAUGAAAGCAGAAGCAACAAAAAACAACAUGAAAGUAUGCAUUCAAGUGUCCUACGCGGAAUUUUCCAGAUCCACAGUCAACGAUUUACUGAAACCAUGUCCCAAUCACCUCCACAAUUUGAAAGACAUAGUUAAAAUAAAAGCUAAAACGGUGGAAGACGCGUUUAAAGCCAUAUUUAAAGGUGAAGGCCGUAAAACAUUCUCUGAAAAUAGUCGCUACCCUUCGCAUUCCUGUAGCUCGAUUUUUACGUUUCAUAUCCACAUGAAGAAGCUAGAAAUGCAGGAAAACGCGAUACGAAAGUGCAAGCUGCACGUUAUAGAUCUUGCAGGAGCCGACUCCAUCGGAAAUUUCUCUUGUUUGUUUAAAAAUCCACAAGAAGUGGGGGCCGGCAAUUUAGCUAAAACCCAACUGGAACAAUUUUUUCUAGUGUUGUGUUCUAACAUCCCUGAACAUAUUAGAAUCAAGCAGAGAUUAAAUCCGAUGAUCCAGUAUUUGGGUGAUUCUUUAAAAAAAGCUACUAUAUUUCGCUUCGUUGGUCAUAUUCGUGUGUCCAGAGAAGAUUUACUAGUAACGAUUUCAAUGCUACGUUUUGGCGAACUCAUUGGUGGUUUAAAAGCCACAAAGUACGAACUUAGAGUCGAUAAAGCAGUUAAGCACGAACAAGUGAUUGAUUUACAGAAACAAUUAACUAAGCUUAAGUUGGAAAAUAAGUACAACGCGAUUUUAAUGCACCAAGACCUCGCUAAAUCGCUAAGUGGGGAAAGGUUCGCCCACAUUGAGAGAACAGUCAACGAAUAUCUACAAAACAAAAUCACCCAAUUAACUCUACUAAACGUGUGCGAUAUUAACAUCGCACUAGAAAUUCUAAAAAUGAUUUGCAAGAAGUUUGAAGAAGAAAAAACUAUGGAGAGAGACAGCGUAGUUUCUGCUACGAAACCAAAACGGUCGUCGUCUGGAAGCAAUAAAGUCCAACAAAAAUCAGCUCGAAGUUCUCACAAAUCCUCGAUGUCUGAUAAGAUGAUAAAACGUACAACCGACGAAAAAGGAACCUCGGACAAAGUGCGACCUUCUUCUGCUAAACCCAGUAAAGAAAAAGUGCCUUCGGUACACGAAACUGCAUCCAAAAGAUCCAAAAUUGCAAGCAGUACAAGUUUGAUCAAGCAGCAAGUUGCCGAAAAACGCAGGUCUUCUAGUAGACUUUCAUUGCGUUCUAAUGAGGCUUUGUUGAUGGGCCACAUUCCUCCCGAGUCUACCGAAGCCUGGAAUUUAUACACCCAAGAGAGACAAGAUGAGUACGCCCGGCUUGUGGAAAUUUACAAAACUAACGAAGCCGCUGCCAAAGUCGCGUAUAAAACGUACUUGAAAGAGUUGGGGAACUUGAGAGGGAUUACCUGUCGGGUGGAAAAACACAGAAACGACUUGUUUAUGGCUAAAAUGACGCGCGAAUUUCAACAAGCAAUGGGUCAAGAAGGGGCUCGAAUCGUCUUAAGUAACUACGAAAAGUGCGUUUUGAAAGAGCUGCAAAAAUCCGAGCAAGACCAAGUCGAUCAACAAGACUUAGUUUUGAAGUGUCAAGUCGAAGUUAAAACUCACGUUAAUAUUUGUAAAGAGCAGAAGCAGGCGCUGCAUGACGAUUUUAAUGCUUUUUGUGAGGCGAAAUACCAUGCUCCGGUUGAUGUAGAGCCGUCGGAAGGAAUGCCGCUGAAUAUUGAGGACGUGUUACAAGAGGAAGACGAGGAAGAAGUAGUAAAGGUCUGUGAAGUACUAGAAACGCCUGAAGAUUUGGAAGCUGAAGCGUUUGAAAAAUUUAAAGAGUUGAUUGAAAUCGAACAACGUAAGAAGAAAUUGUAUGAGAUGAAGCAUCGUGGGUGGUUAACGUAUUAA